AUGGUAUGGACCAUGGAGGAGCAUGAAGGAUCACCGAAUCGUCUCAUGGUCUAUGACUUUUCUAAUAACAUACCAGACAAGGGAACGAUUAGACGCGCGGUGUCCGUAGUAUCCGGAGGUUUGUAUCCCGGGGGCGCGACGCCCGGCGUCUACGUUCGAUUUUUCAACCCCCCCACCGACGCUUGCCGACGCGCCGUCGCUACCCUCGACCAAAAGCCUAAGCGAGUCGGUGGGUUGUUCCAAACCGAGGUUCGUAACGACUGGACGAGUUCAGUGGGCGGUUGGGGUCGGGCAGGGAUGGAGCCGUCUCGUGUUCCUGGAGGACCUGCGCCCCGUCUGGGUUUCCUUCUGGCCACGCUGGCUCUGACGAUGGCAGCAACCGGUAUGCUCUGCGGUGCGAUAAUGUCCGACCACUGGGAGGAGGUUAGCUGGGAUAAGGACGUCAUCAAGGGACUGACAAACAUCACAACCCCCACGUGGUAUUUGGACGGUCAAGUAGCGAUGUUCGAGCCUCAUCCCGGGCACACACAUCACCACCUCCACAAGCAGCCUGGCUUCCUGGUUCCAAUGCACGGCGGCAUUUGGACGCUCUGCGUUUCGUUGACGGAGGAAGAAAUUCGACUUCUUGGACGAGUUGGAUUCCCUCAGGAGAAAUGCAUCAAUUAUCUGACCCCCGACGAAGCUCACGAAGAGAUUCGAGCCACUUGGCAGAAUCGAAUGCAAAAUUUGAGUAUAUCCUGCUCGCUGGUUUGCCUGAUAAUUCUCAGCUGUGCUGCGCCAGUUGGUUUCUUCGGACUUUGCAGACACCAAAUAUCAGCGGUCCUUGUCGCUGGGGUCAUGUAUCUUUUAGCAGCAACAUUCGCGCUGUUCACACUGACGAUAAUUCACUUCAAGAGAGCCCAGGACCGUGGAGCCCGAGUCCUGGAUGGGCCGGAGGACGGAGUGGUCGGAGGGCCGGUGCCGAAGGAUGUGUUAAAGGCGCGAAGGUUCACAACAUCCUGGAGUCUCGACUUCGGCUGGGGCGGAGUGACGCUUUGCGCCCUGGCCUCUGUGGCCUGGAUACUGCUGAGUAAAAUAAUGCGUUUCAGUCCGAUAGCGGCUCUGAUCGCGUAGCAGUGGGAGGCCUUUGAGGUUUGAGACAGAUCGAGCAACGGUAUAGAUGCAGGUGCAGCAGGUGUGGCUGCUGGAUGUGCGAGAGGAUAUUGCAGGAGGAUCAGUUGUCCGAUAAGAAGACCGAAAGUCGGUCAGUCAAUUGAAAUGCUGUGAUGACAAUGAUGAACGAUUGAUGAUGAUUUAAUUACCGAUCCGCCAACUUGAACAGUUUAACAAUCUUUCUCUACGUAUAUUAGCGUCGUACGAUUAGUCCUUUAAUCGUUUUUCCGAUAGUAAUUUUUCAGGAGAAUCGGUUCAUGACUCGCAACUGAGGUAACUUCGAUUAAUCGACUAAUCGCACAUCACUACUCUACAUACAUACAUAUGUACCAGUGACGCAGAUUCUUAAUUGCCAAACGAUACAAAUAGUUAUAUUUUUACGAUGUUACGAAGGUAUGAUAACACGUAUUACACAGAUUACAAACGCACAUUGUACACACAAACAUACAGGCAUGAGAUAUCGAUGGGGCAACGGGGUGCAAGGAUUGAAUUUACAGAGGAAUGGAUCAGGUGUGAGAUAAAAUGAUUGGUUUUAAUACCUCAAAGGUCGAAUAUAAACUAACAGUAAAAUUAAAUCGCAAGUUCUUUGAUAUAGGACAAUACGCAAUCAUCGUUCAUGCUCAGCUAAUGGUAACAUAUUCGUGCUUAGUAAAUGCUAUAGCAUUUUUUUCACCUUUGUUUAUUGAAUAACAAAGAACCGAUUGAAGGAAAAAUUCCUGGAUUUCGAUGACGGAAAUGAUCAAACACACGCAAGAAUUACAUGUGUAAAUAUAAAUAUACGGUUGCACGGCGGGGUAACAAAAAAAAAAAAGGCAAAAAUAAGGUAAUAGACCAGCGCACGGAUGGUAAAAGGUAGCAGAAGCUGGGUCUGUGUGAUAUAAAUAAAAUAAGGGGGUAUAACAAUAAUGAUGAUACUUUGGGGGAACAGACCUUCGCAACAGUGAAAGAGGGAUGAGAGAAAGACGAGAAAAAUUAGUUUUCAUUAUACUGACGGGGCGGGACUGAAACUUUCCUCUUAAGUAUACAGUUAAACUCUUGGUCAAUUAAACUUUUCCAUUUAUUUCGCUGAAAUGUGUUUUCGUAACGGACGAUCUCGUGAUAAAACUUCGUAAUGAAUUAUAUUACGAGCUUGUAUACAUUAUACAUUGUGGGAUUAUUCCGUUAA